UUCACUGCUUCCAUCUCUCGUUCUUGGCAUGAAUUUGGAAAUAGCUGUUGACGACCUCAAGGUCAAGCCCAUGAAGGACCAGCCUGAUCAGAAGUGGAGCGGGAAGAAACCUAAAGGUCUCCGUUUUCUUUCUUCUCCUUGGUGGUGCCCAGCUGCUGUGGCUCUCGGGGUCCUUUGCCUGGGAUCACUGGUGACCAUUAUAAUGCUGGGGAUGCAAUUAUUGCAGGUAUCUGACCUCCUAAAGCAACAGCAAGCAAACCUCACUCUCCAGGAGAAUAUACUGGAGGGACAGGUCUUAGCCCAGCAGCAGGCAGAAGCAGCUUCCCAGGAAUCACAAAGGGAACUCAAGGAAAUGAUAGAAAUUCUUGCCAAGAGGCUGGAUGAAAAAUCCAAAAAGCAAAUGGAACUUAACCAUCAGUACCUGAAUCUCCAAGAGGCUCUGAAGAGAAUGGCCAACUUUUCAGGUCCUUGUCCCGAAGACUGGCUCUGGCAUGGAAAAAACUGUUAUCUGUUUUCCUCUGGAUCAUUUAAUUGGGAAAGUAGUCAAGAGAAAUGUUUGUCUUUGGAUGCCCAGUUAUUGAAAAUUAACAGCACAGAAGAUCUGGGCUUCAUCCAGCAAGCGACUUCCCACUCCAGCUUCCCAUUCUGGAUGGGAUUAUCCCGGAGGAAACCCGACUACUCAUGGCUCUGGGAAGACGGUUCUCCUCUGAUGCCCCACUUGUUCAGAUUCCAGGGCGCUGUUUCCCAGAGGUACCCUUCAGGCACCUGUGCAUAUAUGCAGAGGGGAAAUGUUUUUGCUGAGAACUGCAUUUUAGUUGCAUACAGUAUCUGUCAGAAGAAGGCAAAUCUGCUGAGGUCAGAGUGAAUUUGAAGGCUCUGGAAGAAAAGAAAGUCAAUGAACUUUAUUCUGGAAUGUAAGCUACUCCUUGUGACGUAGGUGCGAACUGUGAGAGUCCUGAGAGCUGCUCAACUCCUUAUCAGAGGCAAAGCCUGGGGAUCCAGCUGCCUGAUACCUUUGUAUCAAAAGGGGUUUUUUUUCCAUCUUUCUAUCUGUCUGUAUUUAUCAUCUAUUGACCUACCUACGUCUAUCACCUAUCUACAUCUAUUAUUUAUUUAUCUUUAUCUCAUUAUCUAUCUAUCCCCAACACCCUUCUCUCUUGCUCAACCAACUGUUUCCAAGCCUCUGCCAGCCCUCAACGGCACUUCCCUUUUGUAUUUAAAAUUUGGCUCCUCUCCAAGCUUGGGAGCCCACUUCACUCAGUCUUGUCUACCUCAGUGCACCUUCCCUUCACCUUCCUAAAGCUGCAUGGCAGACAACACAGAGAACUUGCCCAACUGCAAGCAGAAAGCAGAAAAGGAGAACUACACAUGGGAAACUACAACAUGAAGAAACAGAGGAAAGAUCAAACUGAUCAAACUGAAAACAAGCGUGCAUUAUCAACUUUAAAAUCAUUGUUCGUUGGUCUUUGUAAUUGCAUGUCCAGACUCCAGCAUGCAUGCACACACACAUGCACACACACACAUCUCACAUACAUUGGGAAACUGGAGGAGCCCCAGGAAGGAAUUAGUAACUGAAUAGACUUUUUUGUGAACUAAUUUACAACCCAUGAUCACUUCCUAAACCUGUGUCAUGUCUUCACCUUUUAUCUACCAAAGAACAGCUUCAUAGCUCUAAGCCCAAAGACACACAUAGUAGAAUUUUCUACCCUAAAAUACAUAAUUCAUUGUUGGUGACCUCACCCCAACUCUGUUGAGCGUUGUAUAAUUCAGAAAUAUACAGAUCAAUAAAUGAAUACACUCAAUUCCAGAACAAACUGAGCCAGAUAUUCAAAUGUUGCUGAGUAGAAACAGAUGGAAAUGGAGAAAUAGCCUUUCUAUUUCCACCCUCUUCAUGGCCCAUCCUGCUUUGUAAGGAAGCCUUUCCAUUUUUGCUGUACUCAAUCCAGCACCCAUCUUAUAACAAACAUUAAAUAUGAUAUUUUUCCAAGGAAGACAAGAGAUGUUAUUUUUGUUAACAGCUCUAUUGAGUAUAGUUGGCAUAGAAAACUUGACCGUUUAAAGGGUACAACUUGAUAAGUUUUCACGUGAACAUCAAGAAACCCUCAAAGGUUUCAUCAGGCACCUUCCAACGCCUCCACCCCUGACCAGGAUGCUGUCAGCUUGUGUUUGUGCAGUUUCAUAUGAAUGAACUCAGACACUACGCCUUCUGUUUUUGGCCUAGCUUCUUACACUACACAUUUGUUUUGAUUCAUACAUCUCCAUCUUCUUGCUUGUAUCAGUUAUUCAUUUAUUAAAAUGUUCAGUGUUGACUGGUAUAAAUAUACCACAAUUUGUUUAUCCAUUUGCCUGGUGAUGACAUUUGACUUGUCUCAGUUUUUGAAUACUACAAAUAAAGCUGCUAUGA